AUGAAGAUUACCAUAUUCAACGAAACUUCUGGAGAUACAAUCAGUGUUGAUUUACCAGGUUCGCUCUCACUUGUAGACUUCCAAGUCUACUUGGAAGCAGAAACGACAGUCUCUCCAGCAAAUCAAAUAUUGCUCAAAGAUGGCUCUCCUAUUGACGUGAGCCAGACUGAUAGUGGAAAGACGAUUGAGGGCUUGAAUCUACUGGAGAAUGAUCUCGUCAUCUUACAAGAUAGGUCUUCUACUUCUGCUUCUGCUACUGCUUCUUCUUCUUCUGGUCCCCUGGCUGGCCCUUCUUCCUCGAGCAAUAACGGUGGUUCUGAUCCUGAAGACACCAAGAUUGAGGAGAUGAGAAACCAUAUUAUCAACAACCCUCAAAUGAAUGCUCAGUUCCAACAGCAGAAUCCAGGGUUGCAUGCACUUCUUCAUCAACCUGCCAAGUUCAAAGAAGCCUUGAAACAAUCAAUUCAACAAUUCAAUACUAGCGGAGGUUACAAUUCUCAUCAACAGGAAGAGUUGAGAAGAUUACAAGAAGACCCGGACGAUCCAAACAAUCAAGCCAGAAUAUUAGAGUUGAUUCAACAAGAGCAGAUUGAAGAAAACUUUAGAUUGGCUUAUGAGAUCUCCCCAGAAUCGUUCACUUCUGUGAACAUGCUUUACAUAAACAUUGUUAUUAAUGGUCAGACAGUUCAAGCGUUUGUUGACUCUGGAGCUCAAGUUACUUUAAUGUCACCAAAGUUGGCUGAGAGGUUGGGACUUUCAAGAUUAAUCGACAAGAGAUACAUUGGCGAAGUGAGAGGUGUGGGAUCGUCAAUGACAAAGGGAAAAAUUCACAGUGUGCCUAUUUCCAUUGGAGACUCUGACAUUGCAAUCCCUUGUGCGUUUACAGUGUUGGAUACAGCUCACGAUAUAUUGUUUGGAUUGGAUAUGUUGAGGAGACAUAAGUGUGUCAUUGACUUGGAAAGAGAUGUGUUAGUCGUUGGAGGAAAUAUUGAAACAAAAUUCUUACACGAGCUGGUUGUCCAACAUGAAGGACUUGGUGCAGCUGGUAAUGUACUUGGUGGAGGGGCACCAGGAAAAGUGUUAGGCGGCGGUGGUAAUGUCUCAGAGCAGGCUUCCUCUGGUUCUAACAAACUUGGCUCUUCCUCCUCUGCACCUACAUCAAGUUCUCAAUCUGCACAAGCUGCAAUCAAUAGGCAAAGUAAAUUCAAGAAGGAAGAUAUCGACACGUUGGUAAAUAUCGGAUUCCCAAGAGAUCAAGCGAUCCAAGCUCUUGAAGCAUGUCUGGGAAAUGUCGAGAUGGCAGCUGCAAUGCUUUUCCAAUGA